CCCAAGCAGCUUGAAAUAGGGCACUUGUGCGUCGUUGGCUGUAUAUUGACCCACAUCCGUCGAGUCUGCAUAUUAUCCCUCUCUCAUAACCCAGUUUUGUCGGUUAUUCUGUGGCAAGGGACGCGACUCUUGACAACUAGUACCCGGACACUGACUCGACUGUCCUGCGACCCAUCUUACAAUGGCAGAUACAGGGGCCCCGAAAAUGAAGCUGUACUGGUUUCCUCAAUACCGCUCCGUCCGAAAUAUCUGGCUUAUCAAAGAAAUGGGUGUCGAGCAAGACUUUGAGUUUAUCCGCUACAAGCCUAAUGACGAAAACGAACCCGACGCCGUCGCCGCCUACAGCAGGGACGUCCACCCCCACGGAACUAUCCCCGCCCUGGUCAUCCCCGGGGAGGGGUCAAUAUUAGAGUCAGGGGCCAUCAACAUGUACCUGGCAGACAGAUACGGGAAACUCGUGCCGGACCCCAAGGACAGGAAGGACUAUUACGACUUCAUCAUGUAUGGCAACGCCACUCUGGAUGAGCUCAUAGAGUUCUUCUACGAGCUGUGGUUCGCGAAGGCGCCCUUCAGUGAAGAGAAGGUGAAGAAGAUGAGAGACAAGUUUGACGCGUGUAUGGACUACCUAGCCAAGAGGCUGGAGAACAGGGCAUUUCUCUGCGGGGACAAGUUUACUGCGGCUGACACAGUGCUGGGCUAUGACCUAUUCUCCGCAAUGCUGUUCAAUGAUGGCGAACUACUCAAGAACCACCCCAAGAUCAGAGAGGGAUAUUACGCUCGACUUGAGAAAAGACCGGCCUUUCAAGCAGCAAUCACCAUGGCUUAAACGUUCGCUUUGUCAGAUCCAGGUAGCUAUGAAGGACCAAGAGUAAUUACGUGUUGUGUAUGACGUGUCCUUGAAUAAAAUUGGACGAAUCAUUACUUUAGUUUUCUCUCAA